AGAACAUGCUGCCUUGUUUAUACAGCUCAUAUAAUGAAGCAGAAUGUCAGCAAAGCUGGUGGACUUCUAUAUUAGGAGGAGAAUCCAUCCACCAGAAUUUUACAAUUAAUUGUGACUUAUUCACUGAACUGAACUGAACUGAUUCAUUGAUCUAGUCAACAGAUACUGGUUGAGCAUCUACAGGAAUGCUCUGCCAGUAACUGUUCUCAAUGUUAGUGGGUGUAAAGGUGAACAAAACAAAGUUCUCAAACUCAAUGAUAACACAAAAAAGAAACAAAUAUGUACAUACCUGCUUUAUAAGACAAUGACCAAUGCUAGGGGAAAAGAGAAGGGGAAGAGAGAUGGGAAGUGCCCUCAUAUGCAUUUUCGCAUAGUUUGUAAAGUUUCAUAAAAUCCUAAUUCUCUGACCUUAUGUAUAAUAGGUAUUAUAAACUGGACUUAAAUGGUAGCUUUUUCCUUUAUGCGAUUCAAACAAUGGAAACCACAAUUCUGACACAUAGGGUACAUAGAAUUUAAAAGCAUAUGUAGAGGAAUUCCUUCUGUUUCAUGGAGAGGCUUUUGAUAAAUCACAUGGGCUUGUAUUGUUAUUUUUACAAGAUGAAGAUGACCUAUCAUCAUUAAGUGUCCUUUCACUUCUAAGUUCUCCUGAAAGCACCUCACCUAGACAGCAGGUUCUAGAAGGUAGGGACAAUGUCUAGAUUGUUUAUUGAUGUACUUCAGAACCUAGUACAUAGAUAUCAAUCAUAUUUCCUUGAAUGAUGUAUGAAUAAUUAUGAUUGCCUGGUUUUCUGAUUAUAUACUGUUCCCCCAAACAUUAAGUUUCUAAUAGCCUUUUAGAUUAUUAUAUAGAGGGAAUACAAUUGUAGAAAUUAUUUUCGAAGACAACGCAUGGUGGCGCUGCAGGCUAAGGCGUCGAAAAAAUAUGCCCAGGAAAUGCUACCAAUUUUACAUCAGAUUUCCAGCGGAAGCGAAAAGACUGUAAUGUAAGCAAAGCUCACAAGUCUCCAGAAAAUGCUACUCACCGACAUUUCCGGACAGGUUACCAACUGGGAGAACCAUCACAUUCUCGGUCUCAUCUUUCCCUAAAAUAGAGCUGGCCCUUGAUCCUGGAAAGGCAUUUGUGGAAGUAAAGAUGGAGGCCGGAGGGGAGCGUUUUCAUCAACAAAGGCAAGUCCUGAUUCUCUUUCUUUUGCUGGGAGUGACUUUUGCAGGCUGGGAAUCCCGUCGCUAUUCCGUGAUGGAGGAAAUAGAGAGCGGCUCGUUUGUGGCCAACCUUGUCAAGGACUUAGGGCUCGGAGCGGGGGAGCUAGCUGCGCGGGAAGCCCGGGUGGUCUCUGAGGAUAACGAACCCCGGUUGCACCUCGAUCUGCAGACUGGGAAGUUGACAUUAAAUGAGAAACUGGACCGGGAGGAGAUGUGCGGCCCUACAGAUCCAUGUGUAAUGCAUUUUCAAGUGUUACUGAAGAAACCAUUGGGAGUAUUUCGAGCUGAGCUACUGGUGAGAGACAUAAACGAUCAUGCUCCUGAGUUUCCUGAAAGAGAAAUCACUUUGAAAAUCCCAGAGAACAGCCCUCCUGGGACAGUGUUUCCUCUGAAAAAAGCUCAAGAUUUGGACGUGGGCAACAACAACAUCCAAAACUACAGUAUCAGUCCCAAUUCUUAUUUCCAUGUUUCCACCCGCAGUCGGGGGGAUGGUAGGAAAUACCCAGAGCUGGUGCUGGAUCGAGAGCUUGAUCGGGAGAAGCAGGCCUUGCUCAGAUUAACCCUCACAGCGCUGGAUGGCGGCUCUCCGCCUCGAUCUGGUACCACCGAGGUCAGAAUCUUGGUCUUGGAUAUCAAUGACAACGCCCCUGAGUUUUCGCAGGCCCACUACCAGGUGCAGGUCCUGGAGAACAGCCCCGUAGGCGCCCUAGUUGUCAAAGUUUCUGCUAGAGAUUUAGACACUGGGACAAAUGGAGAGGUAUCAUAUUCCCUUUUUUACAGUUCUCAGGAGAUGAGCCCAACUUUUGAGCUAAACAGCCUUUCGGGAGAAGUUCGCCUAAUUAAAAAACUCGAUUUUGAGACAGUACCCUCAUAUGAUCUGGAUAUAGAUGCAUUUGAUGGCGGGGGACUUUCUGGAAAAUGCUCUGUCUCCAUUGAGGUUGUGGAUGUUAACGAUAAUGCCCCGGAACUAACUAUUUCAUCACUUACCAGCCCCAUUCCUGAAAACUCUCCCGAGACAGAAGUGGCCCUGUUUAGGAUUCGAGACCGAGACUCAGGGGACAACGGAAAGAUGACUUGCUCCAUCCAGGAUGAUCUCCCCUUUAUUCUGAAACCAUCUGAAGAGAAUUUCUACACGCUGGUAACAAAUGGGGCGCUAGACAGAGAAAGCAAAGCUGAGUAUAAUGUCACCAUUACUGUCACCGACUUGGGGACACCGAGGUUGAAAACCGAGCACAACAUAACCGUGCUGGUGUCCGACGUCAACGACAACGCCCCCGCCUUCACCCAGACCUCCUACACCCUGUGGGUCCGAGAGAACAACAGCCCCGCCCUGCACAUCGGCAGCGUCAGCGCCACAGACACAGACGCGGGCGCCAACGCCCAGGUCACCUACUCGCUGCUGCCGCCCCCCGACCCGAUCGUGCCCCUCGCCUCCCUCGUGUCCAUCAAUCCCGACAACGGCCACCUCUUCGCCCUCACGUCCCUGGACUACGAGGCCCUGCGAGCCUUCGAGUUCCACGUGGGCGCCACCGACCGCGGCUCGCCGGCGCUCAGCAGCCAGGCGCUGGUGCGCGUGCUCGUGGCGGACGCCAACGACAACGCGCCCUUCGUGCUCUACCCGCUGCAGAACGCCUCGGCGCCCUGCACCGAGCUGGUGCCCAGGGCGGCCGAGCCGGGCUACCUGGUGACCAAGGUGGUGGCGGUGGACGGCGACGCGGGCCAGAACGCCUGGCUGUCGUACCAGCUGCUCAAGGCCACGGAGCCCGGGCUGUUCGGCGUGUGGGCGCACAACGGCGAGGUGCGCACGGCGCGGCUGCUGAGCGAGCGCGACGCGCCCAAGCAGCGGCUGGUGGUGCUGGUCAAGGACAACGGCGAGCCGCCGCUGUCGGCCAGCGUCACGCUGCACGUGCUGCUGGUGGACGGCUUCUCGCAGCCCUACCUGCCGCCCCCGGAAGCGGAAGCGGCGGCCGCGGCGCCGGCCGACUCGCUCACCGUCUACCUGGUGGUGGCCUUGGCGUCGGUGUCGUCGCUCUUCCUCUUCUCGGUGCUGGUGUUCGUGGCGGUGCGGCUGUGCAGGAGGGGCGGGGCGGGCUCGGCGGGUCGCUGCCCGGUGCCCGAGGGCCACUUCCCGGGCCACCUGGUGGACGUCAGCGGCACGGGGACCCUGUCGCAGAGCUACCAGUACGAGGUGUGUCUGAUGGGAGGGACUGGGACGAAUGAGUUCAAAUUCUAGAAUCAAACGCCAGUAUUCUAGAAUCAAAUUCCAGUAUUCUAGAAUCAAACUUUGAAAGGAAAUCAGAAGGAAGUCCAACCUUCCAGAAUCGUUUAGGCAUCUGAAACUUCUCCAACUGCGUACAUUAGUUUUAUCUCCUACAGCUUUCCCUUUUUUAACCUGGUAGUAGUAAUUCUACUUGUCUUUCUUCUUUUUAAAGUUUUUCAUAGUAAUGCUAAUCUUCGUUUUGUUGGCCUGUUUGCCCUAUAAUUAGUUUUCCAAUUA